AGACAAACCAAACGCUCCGUAUCCAAUAUUCAUUGGCUGUGCAGGCUCACCAACAUCCGAAUAUUCCUCCGCUUCUCCGUUUUAUAAAUCCAAACUAACUCUGAAACUCUAUAAUAUUUCUCGUCUGUUAAUUAUCAGCUACAUCCAGAGACAAACCAAACGCUCCGUAUCCAAUACUCAUUGGCUGUGCAGGCUCACCAACAUCCGAAUAUUCCUCCGCUUCUCCGUUUUAUAAAUCCAAACUAACUCUGAAACGACCUUUUACUCAAACUACACCUAAACCAAAACCCCUUCCGACGAAAAUCCCAUCACCAGAAAUGUGCGACUCCUUGAAGAACAACUACCACCUCUGCGAGGAGCUUGGCCGUGGCCGAUUUGGCACCAUCUACCGCUGCUUCUUCCCAAUCAAGAACGACUUCUUCGCCUGUAAAACCAUCGAUAAGAAAAUCCUCACUGAUCCCGCUGACCGCGAGUGCCUCCACAACGAGCCUAAGAUCAUGACGAUCUUGUCGCCGCAUCCAAACAUUGUUCAGAUCCACGACGUCUAUGAUACUGAUGAAUCCCUCACUAUGGUCAUGGAGCUCUGCGAGCACUACACUCUCUAUGAUCGGAUUAUCAAGAAUAAUGGCGGAUUCUGCGAGGGGAAAUCAGCUUCCGUUAUGAAACAGUUGUUAAAUGCGAUUGCUCAUUGUCAUAGAUUAAAUAUUGUUCACAGGGAUAUCAAGCCGGAUAAUAUAUUGUUCGACUCGAGAAACAGGGUGAAAUUGGCUGAUUUUGGGUCGGCAGAUUGGCUGGGGGAGAACAGAACAAUGAGUGGUGUGGUGGGAACGCCGUAUUAUAUAGCGCCAGAGGUGGUGAUGGGGAGGGAGUACAAUGAGAAAGUCGACGUGUGGAGCGCUGGUGUCAUUUUAUAUGUGAUGUUGGCCGGAAUCCCGCCGUUUUACGGCGAGACUGUAGAGGAGAUCUUCGAAGCGGUUGUCAGAGGGAAUCUUAGGUUUCCGCCGAGGAUUUUCAGGACAGUUUCGCCUGCGGCAAAGGAUCUGUUGAGAAAUAUGAUUUGCCGAGACGUUUCCCGGCGGUUCUCAGCCGAACAGGCGUUAAGGCACCAGUGGAUCGCAAGCGGGAGGGAGACAAUAUCGAUGGACUAAAAUGUCGUCGGAAAAAGCAAGACAAGUGAAAGCAAGUAAUAGCUUAUCAGUGUGUGCACGUACAUACAUGCACCUAUCACCAUCACCAUCACCAUCACCAUCACCAUCACCCACGAAGGAUAUAAUUCCAAGUGUCCGGCGUGGUACACGAAGCCCCAUGAUGGGUACUUCCAGAAUUUCAGUUUUCCACGCUAGAGGAGGAGAAUUCUGACAAGAUUGUCACGUGAUCGAUGAGUCUUCUACCCAGAAAACUGAGCACUUUUUUUUGCUUUUUUGGGCGGAGGAAGUGAGAAAGGUGUGAGUAUGUAGAGAGUAAACUGUUUUUUGUAUCUAUCUGGCAAUAAAUAUAUAAAAAUUUAGAAGUAUUAUUUGGGA